AGAACGUUCUAGUAGCUUGAGGUGUCGGCGGGAGCGGCCGAGCGGCGCGGGGAGCCGUUAGCAGAGCGGAGCCACCGGUUAAGCCUGAUCAAGAUGACAACCUCCCAAAAGCACCGCGACUUCGUGGCAGAGCCCAUGGGGGAAAAGCCAGUGGGGAGCCUGGCCGGGAUUGGUGAUGUCCUGGGCAAGAAGCUGGAGGAAAGGGGCUUUGACAAGGCUUAUGUGGUCCUUGGCCAGUUUCUGGUGCUAAAGAAAGAUGAAGACCUCUUCCGGGAAUGGCUAAAAGACACAUGUGGUGCCAAUGCCAAGCAGUCCCGGGACUGCUUCGGGUGCCUUCGAGAAUGGUGUGACGCUUUCUUGUAAUGCUCUCUGGGGACCCCUAAGCCCCCUCCCCCCAGCUACAGCAUAGCGUCUCCAGAGUCUGCCACCGAGUGGGCUCCUCCCUGUCCUCCACGAAGGAAAAGAUUGCUGUUGUCACACUAACCUAUGUACUCCAGGAUCUUUUAGGAGUUCUCUCCCUUCACCGUUUCAUCAUUUUUGGAAUUCUUGACCUUGCAUGCCUUGUCCCCCACCCCCACCCUGCCCCCAGUUCAUGGCAACAGUUACCAGCUUUUCUGAAUGGAUUCUGGGCCCUUUUCUCCCUGCCUUCACAAUCCAUUGGAUGCCCUUUUGAUCCCCCCUCCCCCUUUGGCAAAAACAGUCACUGUGCUUAUAAAGAUUUUUAGAUGAAUAAAGUCAUUGGCCUUCAUAA